CCAUCAAUAAUAGUCAAUACUAAGGCAGGUCAAUCAAGUAAGCACCGCAUCUUCUCUCUCUUUUUUCAUCCUUUUCCCUUUACAUUCUCUUUCUCCCUUUUUUUUUUUUCUCUCCCUUUUUUCUUUCUCCAUCUUUUAUCUCUUGAACCUUUAUCAAUUCCUACUGUGUCCUAUUCUCAUCUAUCAACACAGUUAGUCAAACACAAUGCCCCCUAAGCGCCAAGCCACCGCUCCCAAGCGCAACGUCGGCAGGCCUGCUGCAGGCGCAGAGAAAGCACCAGCGCGCCGAUCAGCUCCUGCCAAAGCCCCAGAGAAGGAGAAGGAGAAAGUGACAACUGCGGGACGGAAGAGAAAGGCCGAGGCGAUUGUCGAUGAGCAGCCGGCUGAGAAGUCGACUCGCGGGCGCAAGAAGAAGAAGGACGUGGUCGAAAAGGAAAAGCCCAUUCUCACACACGCCCCGACCAAACGCCUUGAUGUCUACGUUUUCGGCUCCAACUGCUACGGCGAACUCGGCCUCGGAGACGCGACGAAGAAGGCCGAGAUUACCGGCCCCGUCCUCAACCCCAAGAUGCCUGCUGAUGGUCUCGGUCUGGUGCACAUUGUCUCGGGCGGUGUGCACUCCGCGGCGCUGACGCACGACAACCGCAUCAUGACCUGGGGCGUCAAUGACGAGGGUACCCUGGCGCGGGACACCAAGGAGGACAAGAAGUCGGUGGAGGCGCGCGAGGAUGAGAGCGAGGAUGAGGAUGAGGUUACGCAGAAUCUGAAGGAGGCUACCCCUGGGCAGGUCGACGCGUCGCUGUUCCCCGAGGGGACGGUGUUUACUCAGCUGGAGGCGACGGAUAGCGCGACGUUUGCUUUGACGCAGGAGGGUUUAGUGUAUGGUUGGGGGACUUUCCGAGGCAACAGUGGCAAGAUCGGCUUCUUCGAGCCCGACAAGAAGAUCCAGGAAAAGCCGGCCCUCAUUCCUGGCGUGGACAACGUGAUCAAGCUCGCAUCGGGCGCCCAACACAUGCUUGCCCUGACGGCGAGCGGGCUCGUCUACACCUGGGGCUGUGAGGAACAGUUCCAGCUCGGCCGCCGACUGCUCGGUCGCGUGACGAGCGCCAACCCGCUGCAGCCGGGCCUGUGCGCGCUGCCGACAAAGAUCGUGGAUAUCGGCGCCGGAUCGUACCACUCGUUCGCGGUGCGCCAGAACGGGGCCGUCUACGGGUGGGGGUCGAACAACUUUGGACAGACGGGCAUUGCCGCACGGGCAGGCGAGAGCGACGCGGUCGUGCAGUACCCGACGGAGGUGAAGCCGCUGCGCAAGCACGCCGCCGGCGCAGUGACGACCGUCGAGGGCGGCAAGGACCACAGCCUGGUGGUGACGGAGCAGGGCAAGUGUCUGAUCUGGGGCCGCAUCGACAACAAGGCGCUGGGGCUGGACCCGGCGACGAUGGCGGAGGAGGACGUCGUGCAGGACGACCUGGGCCGCGCGCGCAUCCUCAAGACGCCCACGCUGCUGCCGGGGAUCGAGGGCCAGAUUGUGUCCGUGGCGUCUGGACCGGACCACUCGUUCGCGAUCACCAAGGCCGGCCUCGCCUACAGCUGGGGCUUCAACACGAACUACCAGGCGGGCCAGCCGCACCGCGACGGCAACGAGGACGUCGAGCGACCCACCCUGCUGCAGAACAAGCACAUCACGGGGAAGAAGAUCCUCUUCGCGGCGACGGGUGGCCAGUUCGGCAUGUUAGCCGGUGAGCACGGCCAAGCGGUUGUCGACAGUCCGCAGACCAACGGUGCUUGAGUGGGGAGUUUCAAUAAAUACCAGGGAGGGGGGGUUUAAUGGGCGGUAGCAUCAACAUGUUGCAGUGAUGGAUGGAUGGAUAUGGAUGGAUAUGGGAUAAUGGGUGUACCAUAUGUAACACUAGUCUAAGCAUUGUUGAGAGCAAUAUCCAUCUGAUUUACUACAUCCUUCACAGCAGGAUCUACAUACUUUGUAUGCAUAAACGUGUUCUCCAUCCAUCCAUACACCACACCACACUGAUCGUCGGCCAGCGUCGGUACAUCCAUAGGCAGGAGAAGUUCAAUCAGGAAAGAGUGGCGACCAAACCCCCCCGUUACCAAGCGAAGCGCGUACGGCAUCGGAUUAAACAGGGAAGAGGUGCAUAAGUAGUCGCGCACAGGUCUCUUCC